AUGGACACUGCCAAUAGUGAGAGUAUUUGCUACGACUCUAAUGCCCUCUCCUUGGACCUAUUUCGCCGCCUGACGAGCUACAUUCAAAGUCAUCAGCAACAGCAGCAGCAACAAGAACAACUGAGUCAGUCGAUUCCAGUGGAUCAUUUGGCUUCAACAGCGUUGGCACUAAAGAAGAGGAUUGAUGACUUCGCGUCUUCAGUGGCGAAUGCAUCUACGGCGACAACCUCCAACAACACGAAUACCUCUACGGCGACAGAAAGUGGAGCAAACACACCCGUGGAUGAGGUUGAAUUCCCAGCCGACACUCUGCACAAACCUCCCUACUCCUACAUUGCACUCAUCGCGAUGGCGAUCAAGAGCACACCAGAGAAGAAGAUCACGCUGAACGGGAUCUACAACUUCAUAAUGGAACACUUCCCCUACUACCGGUACCACCGCCAAGGCUGGCAAAACUCAAUUCGUCACAACCUCAGCCUGAACGACUGUUUUGUGAAGUUGGGAAGAGAUAAAUCGCACCCUGGGAAGGGUAACUAUUGGACAGUCACAACAGGAGCUGACGACAUGUUUGAGCAUGGAAAUUAUCGGCGGCGAAAACGACGAUCUCGUCUGCCAGUACAGAAGUUGGAGGAGUCGAAAAAACGGUGUCAUCUAGGUGGACGACAAAUUUCUGAUUCUGUUGCUACCGCCUCAUUGGCAACACCCACCCCCUAUCCUGUUUUUAUUCCCAUCUCCAUUCCCAUUCCUCCUCCAUUGGGUUUCCAAACUCCAAGCCUUCAACAGGCGCCCUCACUACUUCAGCAACAACCUUCACAACUUCCUCUUUCGACUGAAUCGGUGUCGACGCCAAGAACACCGAUAUCGACAUCAAACGAAUCGUCUGAUCGGACAGGAAAGAACUUUUCAAUCGCCUCGUUGAUUGGUUUGACGUAG